UUUAGAUCAGCGGUUGAAAUUGAACUUUUCUGUACAUUUGGCCACUUUAGGAGUUGCAUUGUUGAGAAAAGGCAGAUCUCUUGUCCUUGCCGAUGCGAUGAUUGUGUGAAAACAUUUUUUUGUUGUGUUUGGUUUUUUUCUUACAUAAGCUUGCGUUUGUGUUUCUAUGCUGAUGAUUGGAGCUUUAUGCUGUUUAGACCUUUCUAGACGGACCAGAAAGAGACACUUGAUAUUUGUGUUACUGUAAAAAAAAAAAAAACCGCUGUAAUGUUGGUGAUGAUUAUGGGGGGUAGAAAAGCACUGCACAUGGGGGAUUGUUUUGAGCGCUUGCAUUUUCCUUGUCUUCGUUUUGUCUCGAUUAGGUCAUCGUUCGUGGUCUUGAUGGGUACAUCUUGCUCGUCCCACGCUCGAUCCGAGUGUCGAUCUUCACUGAUCUUUAUCUGAGGGUUUGGGAAUCAAUGGAUGAUCUUUAGUUUAAACAUCUCUGAGCAGAUAAUAAGAUGGAUGAGCCUCUGAAAUCCGGAGCUAGAUUGGAGGUGUCGGUUUCAUUUGGUAGAUUUGAGAAUGAUGCACUUUCUUGGGAGAAGUGGUCGUCUUUCUCGCCAAACAAGUAUUUGGAGGAAGCUGGAAGUUUAUCCACUCCUGGAUCUGUAGCCCAGAAGAAAGCAUAUUUUGAAGCUCAUUACAAGAAGAUUGCGGCUAGGAAGGCGGAAUUGGAACGGGAAAAGAUGAUGGAGUCUGUGGUUUCAAGUCCAGUCGAGUCAAGCAAGGAAGACUCUGCUGCAAAUGCACCUGAGCUUGAUGAUAAAUUUGGUUUUUCUAACGGUGAAGGAUCGAUUGAGGAAGCUGCAAAUGAAUCCUGCACAGCUGUUUCGGAAAAUGGGCCUGUUUUUGAUGAGGCAGGAGAAGAAGAAGAUUGUUCUGAAUCACCUACGGUGGAUGUGGAUGUGGUAAGCUGUAUGAAUGGUUCAUCAGUGGCACAUUUGGAGGAGAUUAAUGUUGAUGCUGUGAAGUGUGAAAGUUCUUUAAUCCCGGAAGUGAAGAAUGAGUUGAAUGGCAAUGUGGAAGAGACUCGAUCAAAUAUCAGGAAAGAUGAUACGAUAGUGGAGCCAGUGACUCCUCAAAAGCAUUAUGUGGAGAAGCCUUUGAGAAGGAAAAGUGGGAUAGAACAAUCACAUGCUUCGAAAAAGGGGGUUUCGAAAUUGGGUGCACAAAGUACAGCUCAAAAGGUGACUCAAACUAAAAUGGGGAGAACUGUGGCCGGGACAGGGAACAAAAGUGUAUCGCCUUUAGUUAAACCAACCCAAGCUUCUACUCCUAAAAACUCAAAGCCCUCAUCGAUGAGGACACCUGUAUCUGCGCCCGCGCCCAAGACUGUUAAAAAGCAGGUCAAUGGGUCACCAUUGCCGAAAUAUAAGAAUGAUCUUGUGGGACAAAGCAAAAGAACACCUCCUCCGGCACUGCACAUGUCUCUUAGUUUGAGUUCUGCGAAUUCUUUGUCUUCUGUAUCGAUGACUAGGAAAUCUUUGAUAAUGGAGAGAAUGGGCGAUAAGGACAUUGUCAAGCGAGCUUUUAAGGCUUUCCAGAACCGUCCUAAUGGAUCUACCCUUGGUGAAAAACCAAGCCCGGUGAAGGAUAUGUCGCCGCCUACUACAUUUCAAUCAAGGAUCUCUGCUUCUCGCAAACCGACUAAAGGGAAUGAAGGUCUCAGGAAGGAUUCAGUAAAUCAAGCUACUCAAAGGAUUCAAUCUGGAAGUAGAUCAAAUCCUCUGCCCAAAGGAUUACAUAAAAGUUUGGUGACGGAUAGGAAAACCGUGACGGCCAUUUCACCAACUCCCGCAUUGAGAAGCGAUGAAAAAGCUGAGAAGCGGAAGGAGUUUCUAAAGCAGUUGGAGGCGAAAUCAAUUGCCAGAGAGGUCGAAAAGGCUCAGCAUAGUGCAAAAUCGAAGGUGCACAUUGUGAACGAGAUCCAUCCACAACGCCCUACAUUAAGUCGAUAAAAACAGAGCAGCUUCUGAUUAAAAAGAAUCGAACUUUUGUCUAUAGAAAGGUUAUAUAUUCGUCGCGUAGCGAGCAGAUUGUGUUCUUGUAUCGAAAGGAUGCAGACUUGAUUCCAAAUUAAGCCUCCAUUGAUGAGAGCAAUGGUUACACCAUGAAUUAUUGGUAUUGUUCCGUAA